AUGUGUGUCACCAUGCCCGACCACGCCGACGUCGCCCUCCCCCCCCAGGAGCGGGUCCGGAGGCUGAUCCAGGCGGGAAGCUCCGUGGAAGUGAACGAGGAGGUCCCGGCGCGGCGCUACUACCGCUCGGGGGUGGAGAUCCUGCGCAUGGCGGCCGUGUACGGGGAGGAGGGCAACCUGGAGAGGGCCUUCAUCCUCUACAACAAGUACAUCACGCUCUUCAUCGAGAAGCUGCCGCAGCACCGCGAGUACCGAACCGCGGUCAUACCCGAGAAGAGGGAGACAGUGAGAAACCUGAAAGAAGUUGCCUUCCCCAGAGCUGAAGAGCUUAAGGAGGAGCUGUUAAAGAGGUACGCCAAGGACUAUGCUAAGUACAAGGAGCAGAAGAGGGAGGAAGAAGAGGAAUUUGCACGGAAUUUGGCUUUGCAGCAGCAGCUGGAAGAGGAGAGGAACCGGGUGGCCCUGAUGAAGCAGCAGCAGGCAGAGCAGGAGCAGUUCCACGCCUUCGAGGAGAUGAUUCGACGGCAGGAGCUGGAGAAGGAACGUCUCAGGAUAGUGCAGGAGUUUGGAAAGCCAGAGCCAAGGCCUGAGGCUCUGGAUGGACCUCUCAUCCCUGGCGUGGAAAAGCCCCCGACAGACUUAAUCCCAAAGGUUCCCAUCUCUCCAGCUCACCCUGCAAGUCCCUCAGCAGGGACUGUCUCAUCCAAACCUCCUGUUGUGGACAGGUCUUUGAAACCCAGCGCCUUGGGGGGCACAGAGAACAGUGCCAGCACCGACGCCCUUCGCCAGGUCAUUGUCCCCAGGGAGCUGUGCCACAAGUUCCUCCAGCUGGCAGAUGCCAACACGGUCCGGGGUGUGGAGACAUGUGGGAUCCUCUGUGGGAAGCUGAUGAGGAAUGAGUUCACCAUCACUCACACCAUCAUCCCCAAGCAGCAUGGGGGCCCUGACUACUGCAACACAGAGAGUGAGGAGGAGCUGUUUGUGAUCCAGGACCAGCACGGCCUGGUGACCCUGGGCUGGAUCCAUACUCAUCCCACCCAGACAGCCUUCCUCUCCAGCGUGGACCUGCACACCCACUGCUCCUACCAGAUGAUGUUGCCAGAAUCCAUUGCCAUCGUGUGCUCUCCAAAAUACCAGGAGACGGGGUUUUUCAGGCUGACAGAGCAUGGCCUGGAGGAGAUCUCUUCCUGCCGGCAGAAAGGUUUCCACCCACACUCCAAAGACCCUCCUCUCUUCACUACCUGCAGCCACGUGUCAGUAGUGGAGAGAGACGUGGUCCUCCUGGAUCUCCGAUAGGCCUCUUGCCUUCCCCCUUUCCAGAAACCAUCUCCCUUCCUCCCAGGCCUGGGGAAGGGAGGUCUGUUCCCUCCUCUAGCAGAUGAUU